ACCACCUGAAGAUACACACAGAGAGAGAGAGAAAGACACACACAAACUCAUGCGUCCCUCCACUCUGGGUAGAGAGCAGGUCCAGUGUACUGCGCUGUAAUUGGUCAAGACAGACCACUGUGCUCCACUCUCCUCCCUCUGAUUGGCCCUGGCCGGAGUGGCUCACUCUCUGAGUCCCGCCUCCCCGGCAUGAGCGUGGUGGGCCGCCCGCACCGGUACAGCAUAGUUGGGUCGGACGAGGACGUCCACAGGCCCGGCGGCAAGAUGCCCGCCCUCGGCAACGGCUUCGGCAACGGCAAGAUCCAGACGCGGCGCAAGCGCCGGAGCCGCUUCGUCAACAAGACGGGCCAGUGCAACGUGCGCUUCGCCCACGUGGAGGAGCAGUCGCAGCGCUACCUGGCCGACAUCUUCACCACCUGCGUGGACGUGCGCUGGCGCUGGAUGUUCGUCAUCUUCUCGCUGGUCUUCGUCCUGUCCUGGCUGGGCUUCGGCCUGGCCUUCUGGGUCAUCGCGCUGGUCCACGGGGACCUGGACCCUCCUCCUCCGCCGCCGCCGCCGCCGGUGGACGGCGGGGACGGCGGUGAAGGCGACGGCGGGCCCACGCCGUGCGUCAUGCAGGUGAACAGCUUCGUGGCGGCGUUCCUCUUCUCCAUCGAGACGCAGACCACCAUCGGCUACGGCUUCCGCUGCGUGACGGAGGAGUGCCCGCUGGCCGUCUUCCUGGUGGUGCUGCAGUCCAUCGUGGGCUGCGUCAUCGACUCCUUCAUGAUCGGCGCCAUCAUGGCCAAGAUGGCGCGGCCCAAGAAGCGCGCCGAGACGCUGCUCUUCUCCCACAACGCCGUGGUGGCCGUGCGCGACGGCAAGCUGUGCCUCAUGUUCCGCGUGGGCAACCUGCGCAAGAGCCACAUCGUUGAGGCGCACGUGCGCGCCCAGCUCGUCAAGCCGCGCUUCACCGCCGAGGGCGAGUACCUGCCGCUGGAGCAGAUCGACAUCGACGUGGGCUACGACCAGGGCUACGACCGCAUCUUCCUCGUCGCGCCCGUCACCAUCCUCCACGAGAUCGGCGAGGAGAGCCCCCUCUUCGGCCUCUGCCAGCAGGACCUGGAGACGGCCGACUUCGAGAUCGUGGUCAUCCUGGAGGGCAUCGUGGAGGCCACGUCCAUGACGGCGCAGGCGCGCAGCUCCUACCUGGCCAGCGAGAUCCUGUGGGGCCACCGCUUCGAGCCCGUGGUGUUCGAGGAGAAGAACCAGUACAAGGUGGACUACAAGCACUUCCACAAGACCUACGAGGUGCCCAGCACGCCGCGCUGCAGCGCCAAGGACAUCGAGGAGAACAAGCUGGCGCGGUCGGGCAGUGCCAACUCCUUCUGCUACGAGAACGAGCUGGCCUUCCUGAGCCGGGACGAGGAGGACGAGGAGGCGGACGAGCAGGAGGAGGGGCCAGCCGAUCGAGGAUCCGAGCUGGAGACGCUUUCGGCCAACUUAAACUUGGAUCAGAGGUCCUUUCACAGGGAGUCGGAAAUCUGACCUUCCCUCGAGCCCUCUGGCUAAACUCCAACGCCGAUGUCCGACAGAGUUGGUACGCAGAGCUGUCAUCGCAGUUUGGUUUCUCAAGAGUGUUAUGGAGAACAAUGCAAGAGCCAUAGGCCAAUAUAACUACUGUAUAAAAAAAAUGCAUCUACUGCAAAUCAACUUUAUUGGUCCCAAGAGUGACUGCGUAGGAAAAUGGAGAAAAAUAAGUUGAACAGCUGACUGGACAGAACUAAACUGGACUA